AUGGGAGUCAGUGUGAAAUUUGCAUGUGGUACUCUUGGGGAUGAUGAGGCGGUGUCCAGACUAGAGACUGAUAACUUCCUGAGAGUAGCCAUCCCCGAGCGCCCAGUAUUCUCACUUUCUCCUCUGGAAGGUGAUGCCAUGACUAUUGCCUCCAUAGCCCUGCUCUGUCUUGGGCUGAGCCUGGUUCCCACGACUCAUGUACCAGCAGAAAUUAUCGGCAAGCCCACACUCAGAGCUCAACCAAGUUCUGUGAUGACCAGGGGCAUGCAGCUGACCAUCUCAUGUGAGGGGACUUCAAGAGCCCAGGAAUACUAUCUCUAUAAGGAGGGAAGUCCAGACCCCUGGCAAAGACAGAGUCCCAUGGAGCCUGGGCACAAGACCGAGUUCUUCUUCCCAUCCGUUCUUGAGAACCAUGCAGGGAGAUACCGCUGUUACUAUAUGACCCGUGUUGGCUGGUCAGAGCGCAGUGACUUUCUGGACUUGAUAGUGACAGGAUUCUACAGCCAACCCAAUCUGUCAGCCCUGCCCAGCCCAGUGGUGAGGUUAGGAGGGAAUGUGACCCUCCAGUGUGCCUCGCAGAUUGGAUAUGAUGGGUUUUCUCUGACUAAAGAAGAACCACAGAAGUUCUCUUGGACGCUAGACUCACAGUACAUAUACUCCGAUAGCAAUUUCCGGGCUCUGUUCUCUGAGGGUCCUGUGAACUCCAGACAGAGAAGGACAUUCAGAUGCUAUGGCUAUUACUUGAACACACCCCAGGUGUGGUCAGAACCCAGCGAUCCUUUAGAGCUCCGGGUCUCAGGUGAGGAAGCCCAACUUGUGUAUUGA